GACUAGUUUCCAUGGAUGAGUCAAAUUACCUUUGUGUGAGUAACAAUUACUGCCUCCAAUGCAGGUUUGCAUGUCAGGGAGCUAUUAUGACGUCAAUUUGUCAUGUGGGAUGUAGAAAAAUAUAGAUCUGCAAUCCACGCCAUCAUAUCAAAAGGUUAUAACAGUUUAAGCUUUUGCAAAAGGUCAUCUUCUGAGUCAGCAGCUUUUUGUGUACACUCUUACAAUAAAAGUUCUUUUUUUUGGAACUGAUGAAGAACCUGAACAUCAUUGGAACCUUUCAAUUACACAAAAAGUUCUUUCUAGUGGAAGAAGGUCCUUUACAUUUAUGCAUUUAGCAGACACUUUUAUCCAAAGUGACUUAGAGUGCAUUCAGGCUAUACAUUUAUUUUUUUAUCAGUAUGUGUGUUCCCUGGGAAUUGAACCCACUUUUGCGCUGCUAACAAUGCUCUUCCACUGAGCCACAGAAGCAUUAUUAAAAAGUUCUACAGAAAAAAAGCACUGUUUGUUGAAAGGUUCUUUGGGGAAUGAAAAUGGUUCUAUAGAAUCACUGGAAGCUUUAUUUUUAAGUGUAAAGCAAUAUGGAAACUUUGCAUUUGAAGGAUCUUGCAUCUGGAAUUUUCGUGCAUGCUUUCAAAUCAGUAAGGUUUGCAAAACAAAAUUUAUUCAGUGUGUCAUCCAUCAAGAAUUGUAUCCAUUGCUUUGACAAAAAUAAGUGUAUCUGUCUGAUAAGAUGCAGGUGGCUGAGAGUUUGUUUGUUUCUGGUGAAGCAGGUGCCCAGCUGGCGAAGUGUGUGUGUCCUCUAUUCCCUGUACUGCGUCCUGAUCCUGCCAGAUGCUGGCGAGGCUGCCAAAGCACGCUGUGGACGAGAACUAGUUGCUGACCUGGAGUUUGUGUGUGGAGACCGUGGCUUUUACAGAGGCAAACCUGGAGCAGCCCGUAGCGGCGGCCCCCGCUCUCGUGGGAAAGGGAUCGUAGAGCAGUGUUGUGUGCGUGGUUGUGACCUCCAGCAUUUGGAGUCAUAUUGUGCCAAACCCAAGAGGCUGCGGCGUGACAUCCCUGCAUCUCUGCAGCAGACUCCGGAAGAUCAGUUUUGGCUGGUGUUUCAGCAGCGAUACCAGAAGCAUGCACAGAUGAACAGAGAUGAGGACGCUGCUUCUCAAAGACUCAGAGAGCGGACGCUUUACCAGUGGAACUCCAGAGAUUCAGUUUUACUAACCAACCAACCCUCCUCAACACAGCAGCAACCUUCCACUGAGAGAAUGACAUCAAGACCAACAUUUCUCCCCCACAUCCGGUAGUCCUGGCUCAUUUUGGAUCUGUGUGGAUCCUAUGAAUCACCUUCCUUCACUAAAAAAAGACACUUCUUUCCUGGCAGAUGUAUAAACACUAUGUAAGAGAAACUAGAGGACAACAUGCCUAAGAUGACAUAAAAUAGUGAAGAGCAGGGUGUACCUGAACUCUCACGGGCUGUACUAGUUUCAUUAAGCAUAUGCUGAAUACAAGAUAAAUUGUAUUUUUCCAUUCAGUUUUGUUUUCAGCAUCCCUCUGUCUUUGGGUAAAUGAGUUCAAAGCAAGUUAAAGUUGAAUGUGUUUCUAUGAUGGCUGAGGUAAGUCAUUUUGAAUGUAAAUGUCACAUUUUUAAUGAAAGAUUACUGAUGUAAGUGCAUAUAUUUUAUGUUUAAUUUAUGUUCUAUAAGAUAACAGUUUUCUGGUCCUUGUAAAAUAUGUAUCUAAAGCAGAUUUGUAAAGAAUUUUAAAUAAAAGAAAACUGUGAGGA